AAAUACUAGAAAAAGAAAACCUUUGCCAGCGAAUCAACAUCGAAAUGGAAUUGGUCAUCCUCUUUGUCAAAAAGCAUUUACUUCGCGAAAGUAACAACUUACACAACAACAGCGAAAACAACAACGGCAACGACAACGGUGAGAACACGAACAACGCUCGCAACCGGAACAACGCCAACAACAGGAACAACCCUAGGAACCCCAACAGCCGGAACAACAACGAUAAGGGACAAUCAGAAUAUCCAGGACAUCCAGGACAACCGAAACUCAGAGAUCAGUACCCGAUAAUCGAUAAGCGUACACGUCUACUGGCACUACGACACCCAAAAAGGAUCGCAUCAGGUCAAAUUUCGCCAACCAAUCAACCGGAAGUUGGAUAUCGAUUGGCCGAAGUAGCUGCCAAAUCGGAGGCAAACGCAGCAGCAGCUAAACAACAUCAAAUAGCUGCACGCAAGAAGAGCGAGAAUUACAAAAACAAGUAAACCGUCAACGUAAUUCAACAACAACAUCAUCAACAACAACAACACAACUAUACAAUCAAGACACACUUCUACAACAGCUAUAAAAACAAAGUACACCAGCAAGUAAACAUUCAACAAAAUCAUCAUCAAUAAAUACAAACAAGAGAGUAACAAUUCAACAACGACUUAGACACACGGUAAAACAGGGACUGAAAAUAUUACAACACUAAACAAGACCACACGUGAAACUUCAACAACAACUCCAAUAAAAAGAAAGGCACCAAGGGUAACAAUACAACAACAACAACUUCAAAGAAAAGUGCACCAAGGGUAACAAUUCACCAAAAGUAACAAAUCACCGUAGAUUAAAAUACAACAACAACCACAAUCAAACCAGCUUCAACAACAACAACAAAACCAGCAAGAACCCCUACAAACCCGGCUAAAAUAACACAACAGCAAUUACACCAAUUACUACGACACAACUAGCUUCAACAACAGAUACACCAACACCACCUUUAACGGCUGCAAUUCAAAUUCAACCACAACACCACAAAAAGCAGACUACGUCAACUAGUACGACAACGACUGAAGCAGCUUCAGCAACAACAACAACUAAAACAACAAUUUCAACCCAAGCGGCUACAACAGCUUCAAGACGGGUUCCAACAAUUCAACAACAAAUCAGCCAGAGCUCAACAAGAGCUCUACAGCACCAUCACCACAGCAACAAGAACAACCCAAGCCCAGCUCGAGCAACGAGAGCAAGAUGCAACGUCUUCGCACGACCUUCACGCGUUCGCGGACGCCCACCGGUGCCGAAAUGAAAAUGCAGAACAGCCUCGAGGUGCCCAAACAGGUGCGUUCCGCCUCCUUUGACGAGAUGCAACUGGAGGCGCAGCGCACGUCCUCCAGCCGAGGACUGAGGCAGCGUGCCUCGUCGUCGGCGGAGGGGCGUGCCUUGGCUGCGGAUCGUCUGCAGGUGCCGGCUGGGCAUGGCCGCUCGCGCAGCUUCGACUCGGCUGUGAUCGAUCCGACGAGCGAGGAUUCCGGGGCCUUCCUGGAUGUGCCACACCGCAGCAAGAUUCCGCGGCGCAGCAGCUCGUCGAGCCCGAAGACACCGCCGCCGUGCUUCCAUUGCCAAAUGGUGAGGCAGUACGAGCGCCAGAUCACAGCGGAGCAGCGCUUCUUCAUCGAUCAUCGAGAGCUGACCGCCCUCAGCUUCUACAGCGAUGAUGACGAUGACGACGACGAGGAGGAGGAGGGCGCUGUGGGCGGUGAAGGCCUGUGCGAAGACAUGCAGGGAGCUUGCGGCGGACGGCCGCUGCCCGAUGUGAACAACGAGGCAGUGGCAAGGGCGCAAGCCAUUCUGGCAUCAACUUUCGAGAACGAUCCGAGCACCGAUUGUGAGGACGAUGCCGUCGAUAUGGACCUGGGACUAAUCCACCUGAGCAUCGAGCAGUCGCGGGCCCGCAUUCCACGGCAAAUGCGACGCCACACCAUCGACAGCUCGGUGGGCAACUCCGAGGAUGAGGGCGUCGACGGAUCCGGCCCCAACUCCAAUAAUUCACCGUAUUUCGGCAACACCCUGAUGCCACCCAGGCCCUGCGGCAUCACCUUCACCCUGUCCCCCACCAACGGCGACUAUCCGUUCCUACCGACCUUCGCUUUUCCCAUUGAUCCCAAUUCCCCGCCAGGCUCGCCCUCGCCCACCCAGUCACCAUCACCAUCGCCAUCGCCAUCCCCGUCGCCCACACCGUCGGUGGUGCUGGCCGUUCCACCACCCAUGCUGGAGUUACCCUCCUGCUCCACGGGCAGCGGACAACAGCUGUUGGGAUCCACCGCAGCGGUGGCCGCCGCCGCCCUCACUCUACCGGCGAUUGCCUCCUCGCAGGCAGCCGCAGCCAUGGCCACCGGAGCGGUGUGCAACCUGGCGGAUGCGGAUGAUGCUGCUGCCGCUUUGGGGGCCAUGGUCAGGCCGAGACGCCGUUCCAUCUCGCGGCAGGAGGCCGUGUUUGUGGAGCCCACUGGCAGUUCGCUGGAGAAUGUCUCCAUGUCGAUUGAGAAGGCGGACUCCAUUGAUGCCGCCUCCACCAGGGCCAAUUGCGGCUCGCCCACGGGCAUGUUUGCCGUGGCCCAUCGCACCGGUUUUGUGGUGCAGGAUAUCUACUUGACCGUACCGGAUCUGCGACGAGAUCGUGCCGCCUCCGUGGACUCGUGCUUCUCGAAGCUCCCAUCAGGCAACAAAACCGAGGAGCUACAGCCCACAGUGGAUGGCUGCUACCUGACCGUACCGGUGAUCAACACCACUCGCUCCCGAUCCGUGGACAUUGUGCUGCCCACCGAUGAGCAGGCACGCUACAAGGCCCUCGCCAUGACUGGCAACGAACCAGGAACCUACGGCAGGCGCACCGCUACAGGUAGCAAUGCCCGUCGGCCCAUACGCAUUGUGCCCGAUUGGACAGAGAAUGCGAUUAAUGGCGAACACUACUGGAAGACCUCGUCGGCCUCUGGCGAUCUCUGUUGCCUCAACGAGGAGUGCAUUGUGAGUACGAAGAGCGGCCAACGUUUGAAGUGCUCCGCGUGCCAGCUGGUGGCCCACAUCAAUUGCAUUCCGUAUGUGAACGAGAAGCCGACGCUGCUGUGCAAGCCCACGUAUCGGGAUGUGGGCAUCAGGCAGUAUCGGGAGCAGACGACCACCCAUCAUCAUUGGGUGCACCGCAAGAUGGAGAAGGGGAAGUGCAAGCAGUGCGGCAAGAAUAUUAUGUUUGAAUCCAUACCGCAGGCGGUUCAGAGCAAGCUAUUUGGCUCCAAAGAAAUUGUAGCUUUGUCCUGUGCCUGGUGUCAUGAGAUCUAUCACAACAAGGACACGUGCUUCAAUCAGGAGAAAAUUGGCGAAGAGUGUCGUCUCGGCAACUAUGCACCGAUUAUUGUGCCGCCAUCGUGGAUUGUCAAGCUGCCGAACAAGGGCAACUUCAAGUCCUCCAUUCGGGUGAGCAACAAGAACAGUGCCACUGGCUCCGCCGCUGCUGGAGCCGGCGGCGGUGGCACUGCGGCUGGCGCACCCGGCGGCCCUGGUGGACCUGGCGGACCUGGCGGCCCUGGUGGCCCUGGCGGCAAGGGCAAGAAACAGACGAUGCGCCGGCAGCGGGGCAAGGACGAGAAGAAGGGAGAGCCGCGUGCGUUCAUCGUGAAGCCCAUUCCAUCGCCGGAGGUAAUACCGGUCAUUGUGUUUAUUAAUCCCAAGUCCGGUGGCAAUCAGGGCGUCAAGCUACUCGGCAAGUUCCAGCAUCUACUCAAUCCCCGCCAGGUGUUUGAUCUGACCCAGGGUGGUCCCAAAAUGGGUCUGGAAAUGUUCCGCAAGGCACCGAAUCUCCGGGUGUUGGCCUGUGGCGGCGAUGGCACCGUCGGCUGGGUGUUGUCCGUCCUCGAUCAGAUCCAUCCACCAUUGUCGCCGUGCCCGGCCGUCGGUGUGCUGCCAUUGGGUACGGGCAACGAUCUCGCACGCGCUCUUGGAUGGGGCGGGUAUUUCUCCUGUCAGGGCUACACGGACGAACCGGUGGGCAAAAUACUGCGCGAAAUUGGCAUGUCGCAGUGCGUCCUCAUGGACCGCUGGCGCGUCAAGGUCUCGCCCAACGAUGAUGUCUGCGACGAUCACAUGGACCGCAGCAAGGCGAACGUGCCCCUGAACGUGAUCAACAACUACUUCUCGUUCGGGGUGGAUGCCCACAUCGCGCUCGAGUUCCACGAGGCGCGCGAGGCCCAUCCGGAGCGCUUCAAUUCGCGACUCCGCAACAAGAUGUACUACGGCCAGAUGGGCGGCAAGGAUCUGAUUCUGCGCCAGUACCGCAACCUCUCCCAGUGGGUGACCCUCGAGUGCGAUGGCAAUGACUUCACCCACAAGCUGCGGGACGCCGGCUGCCAUGCCGUCCUCUUCCUGAACAUACCCAGCUAUGGCGGCGGCACCCAUCCGUGGAACGAUUCGUUUGGGGCGACAAAGCCCACCAUCGACGACGGCCUGAUGGAGGUGGUGGGCCUGACCACCUACCAGCUGCCGAUGCUGCAGGCGGGCAUGCAUGGCACCUGCAUCUGCCAGUGCCGGAAGGCGCGCAUAAUCACCAAGCGCACCAUACCGAUGCAGGUGGAUGGUGAGGCGUGUCGGGUGAAGCCAUCGAUCAUUGAGAUCGAGCUGUUGAAUAAGGCGUUGAUGCUGUCCAAGUGCAAGAAUGGACGUGGCGAUGUCCAAGUAAAUCCCCUGGAGAAGCUUCAAUUGAAUAUACUGCGCAUUACGAUGCAGCAGUAUGAGCAAUACCACUACCAAAGGGAGAUGCUCAGUAAGCUGGCGAACAAGCUCGGCCAGAUCGAGAUCGACUCACAAUGCGAUCUGGAUCAUGUCCGCAACAUGCUCAAUGCCAAAUUCGAAGAGUCCAUCACCUAUCCGAAGGUAUCGCAGGACUGGUGUUUCGUAGACGCCUGCACUGCAGAGCACUACUUCCGCAUCGACAGGGCGCAGGAACAUUUACACUACAUCUGUGACAUCGCCAUUGACGACCUACUCAUACUGGAUCACGAAUUAGCCACCAUGCCCCAAACACCCGACCAAGAACGCUCCUUUGCCGCAUUCUCGCAGCGUCAGGCACAGACAGAGCGCAGACAGAUGGACCAGGCCCAGGGCCAUGCACCAGGCAGCACCGACGAGGAUUUACAAAUUGGCUCCAAGCCCAUCAAAGUGAUGAAAUGGAAGAGCAACAAAGAUCGUUUAUUCAGUUUCAACGAAGAUGUUUUUGGUUAUGGAUUCAGCCCUAUACUGGAACAAACUUCCGAUGCCAUACUACUAGCAGCCCAAAGCGGUGAUCUCAAUAUGUUACGUGCACUACAUGAACAAGGAUACUCAUUGCAGUCAGUGAAUAAGAACGGAGAGACGGCCCUGCACUUUGCUUGCAAAUACAACCAUAAGGACAUUGUGAAAUAUAUCAUCUCAUGUGCCACAAAACGCGUCAUCAAUAUGCCCGACAAGGACCACGGACAAACUGCUUUACAUAUCGCCGCUGAUACAACUCGCAGGGAGCUCUGCGUGAUGCUGGUGGCCGCUGGGGCAAGUUUGCAGGCACGCAAUGCCGAAGGCAAUACCCCCAUGAUGGUGGCCUUCAAUCGGAAUGCCAACGAGAUAGCCACAUAUUUGGAAAGUCAGGAGCGUUUCAUGCAUUUGGAGGUGCAGACCAGAAUCUAAAAAGGAAAGGCCGCUCGCUGACACAGAAGACGGGAUUCUCUAACGAAAAGGGUUCUCUUUGGGAGAACAUCCACGUAAUCUUAACCCAAACCAAUUUUUUUUUUUUUUUUUUUUUUGUUAGCAAGUAAUCGGAUAAAAUCGAACAAAUACAUUACAUAUAUAUUUAUUAUUAACUAAGCAAACAAAAAACAACAACAACAAAAGCAUUACGUAGCAAAACUAUUCAAUAAUUUAUUCAAGUAAACAAAAAAAAAACACAACAAAAACAAAAACGAAAAAAAAACCAAUACCAAAAACCACAAGCACAUGCAAAUGCAAAUGCAAAAAAGGCAAAGGUAAUGGAAAUGGAAAUGGCAUGGAAAUCAAAGAAAAGUUGCAAAGUUUUUAGGCUAUUUGUUCACUUUGAAUUUAAAAUUAAAACAAACAAACAAACAAACAAAAAUUACUUUAUUCUUAAAAUUAAAUUAAAUGUAAUACUAAAAUUAAAUCAAACAACAACAACAACUUUGAGAGAGAAAAUUGGCAAAUUCGAAAUUCGAAAUUUUUAUUUGUUUUGUCACUUAAGAAAUCGAUUAAUAAUUUUAUAUUAAUUAAUUAAUUAAUGAUUAUAUUGUGAUAUCUAAAUUUAAUUGAAACGAGGUAAUGGAAGGCAGCUCCAAUAUUAUUGGUGAGUGGAGAGGAGAACGUAGAAUGCAAUGGAGGAAUAAUGAUAUUAUUAUUGUAUGCAAAGGCAUUUGCUGUGUAAAUACAAAUUUAAUAAUCGAAUGCAAAAUACCCCACAGACUCCACACUCACAAACUCACACACCCUCACACACACACACACACACACACAC